GUAGUCCGCGAGUCCGAGUCUCAAUAUUUAAAAAACAGAUCGACAAUCGGUAAAUUGUUGCACGUGCGAGAAACAUUAAAAUAUAGAAACAGGAAUUCAAAAUGAGCUGCGCAACGAGCACUGUAAAGUUCUCGUUUUUCUUUUUUAAUGCAAUAUGGCUGAUUGUUGGAAUCCUUGUGAUCGGUGUCGGAGCCCUUAGCUUUGGAGAGUUGGGGAAUCUGUUUGCUAUUCUCAUCCUGGUCGGGGGUGUCGUUAUACUGUUGACAUCCCUGUUUGGAUACUAUGGAGCCGUUCGCGAAGCACCGCGAAUGCUCUGGAUGUACGUGUCGCUGCUGCUGACUUUGCUGGUAGGAAUGUUGAUCUUCAUUAUCCUCCAUCCCAAAGAUAAAAUCAAGAACUACGCUAUUCAAGAGAUCAAGGAUCAGUGGAAACUGGAGGAGACUCAUCCAGGUAGCAUGGAUACUAUUCAGACAACUUACCAAUGCUGUGGCCUAAAUGGUUCCGCGGACUACCUUUUUAGCACUGCCAUGAUGUACAACACCAUACCCUACAGUUGCUACGAGGAUUAUGACAGUGGGAAUAUCAAUCGGGAGGGAUGUCUACGCAAAGUGGAACAGUUUUUUGAGGAUGAUGAUAACUUGGAAGUAGGUUAUAAGGACUGGUUACUGUUCGGAUUCAUGGUUGUCCUUAUCGUGCUGGGCGCAAUUUUGGCCAUUAACUACACGAAAAGCCAGAGACGUUUUAACUAUUAGCGACACAUUACCACUUCAGAAAAGAAUUUUCUUAAUUUUCUUGGUACCCAGAGGGUAUUACAAUUUCAGUCAAAAGUUUGCAACGCAGUGAAGGAGACAUUUCCGACCCUAUAAAGAAUAUAUAUUCUUG